UAGCUACGUACGCAGCGCCUUCGCCGAAACCCUGACCAAAAUGGCACGGUACUCGCGCGCUUGGCUCAUGCUGCUUCUUCUCGCGUGUGCUCUUGUGCAGAGCUCUUACGGCUCGAGACCGUCUCCCCGGGAGCGGCUUAACCCCGGGGUAAUGUCUCCGAAGAUGGUUCACGGCGCCGCCGAACCGCGCCGUCUCGACGACCGGGCGACUGAAGUCCGCCCUUCCACGCCGGAGGGUGCGACCGGUGGCGGUCAUCAAGGAGCAAACGCUGACGAUUAUGCUAUCGCAACUUCGGCGCUGGGCGGGGGCCGUGUCGUGCCGGAGCAGAGGAAGGGUUCAGGGGCGCCGGUGCUGCCGCAGGCGCUGGAAAAGAUGCUGGGCUCGAAGCUGGCGCGCCGGUUCCUGGGAGGGGAGGCGGAGGACUCGGCGGCCGGGCCGUCGUGCCACUCCAACAACGCGCACAAUACUUGUGCCCCGCCGGCGCAGCACUGACAGGGCCGGGUGCUGCUUGCACUAGUUCGGGAGCUAGCUAGCCCCAGCUGAUUCCUUCGCCCCUUGAUGCUUUCAUGUAAACUAACGGUAGCUC